GUGUGAUAUCGUCUGCGGAGUUCGCGUCUCGGUGCCACACUGGAUACCCUACAACACUUGUGCGAGAUGGGAGAGACGGUGUCCGGCAGCGCCCACAACACGGCCGACUAUCUGGCCCAGCUGCUCAAGGAUAAGAAACAGCUGGCCGCCUUCCCCAACGUCUUCCUGCACCUAGAAAGACUCCUGGACGACGAGAUCAACAAGGUGCGCAACAACCUCUUCCAGGUGAACGGCGUCAAGAAGGAGCCCAUGGUCCUGCCCGACGCGGACGGACCCGUCGUCGCCUGCUCAGAGAAGGUGUACGUCCCGGUCAAGGACCACCCCGACGUAAGUGCCGACCGGGGAACUAACACUUCCUGUUAA